ACAUCUUGGGGUUAUAUUUGCGAUACAUUGAUUCGUUCUUUGGCAAAGAAUUAGAUAUCAAAGCUCAAAACUAAAUUCUAUCUCAAACCAAGCUAAAUCUCUGAGCCACGCCAUGAUCUAUAUUGAUCUCGAGAUUCCUGAGUGAUCUGCAGAUAAAAUGACACGUAGCACGAAGUCACAAUAGGCCACAAUCCGGUGUAUGUGGGGUGGUGUAUGUAUCGUGCGUAAGCAAUGUCAACUAUAAUUUAACAGAAAAUGUUAGUAAAAAUUGCUUAUGUUAAUCGCGUAGAUGCUGUCAAAUGAACAGUUCUGUAUAAUUUCAUGCGGUACUUAUUAUAAUCAACCGUACUCCAGCCGAUCGAUUGGACUACACAUGUUUUUGACAGUUCCGUAGUCGGUGACUGGUUUGUCUCGUUUUCAAUCAUUGUGAAAGUAAUCAUUUCGAUACCAAAUCAUCGAAUCGAUUGGAGGCCUUUGGAGCCUUUUCGUAACACAAUGAUUAUUACGAAUUUAUAAAUGCCAAGCGGUUAAGUAGAGAGCUUGCAGGUUAAUCAUGAGUAAAGUGACUGGUUCCCAUUGAAAUCAUUAAAAAUGGACAACGCCGCAACUACAGAAUGUUUGACCCUUGACUUUGGUCCUUUUGAAACUGUUCAUCGUUGGCAACGUAUGCCAGAAUUCGAUGAAUUCGUUGGUGCCAGGCGUAGCAAACACACUGUUGUAGCAUAUAAAGAUGCGAUAUAUGUUUUUGGCGGUGAUGAUGGUAAAAGAAUGUUGAAUGAUCUGUUGCGAUUCAAUGUAAAAGAGAAAUAUUGGGGACCUGCACUGGCUGCAGGAGCUCCUCCUGCUCCACGUUACCAUCAUUCAGCAGUUGUGCAUGAUUCUUCUAUGUUUGUAUUCGGUGGUUACACUGGUGAUAUACAUUCCAAUUCAAAUCUUACCAAUAAAAAUGACUUGUUCGAGUACCAAUUCCAAACUUGCCAGUGGACUGAAUGGAAGUUCAUUGAUAAAAAACCUGUAGCUAGAUCUGCCCAUGGAGCUGCUGUGUAUGAUAAUAAGUUAUGGAUAUUCGCGGGCUACGAUGGAAAUGCACGAUUAAACGAUAUGUGGACAAUAUCUCUACUGCCUGGAGAACCGAGGGUAUGGGAAGAAGUUGUUCAAUCCGGUGAUUGUCCACCGACGUGCUGCAAUUUCCCUGUCGCUGUAGCUCGUGAAUCCAUGUUUGUAUUUAGUGGUCAGAGCGGAGCUAAGAUCACCAACAGUCUCUUCCAGUUUCAUUUUCGAGAAAGACGGUGGACACGGAUUUCAACGGAACGCAUACUUCGUGGUGCUCCUCCACCACCUGCCCGCCGAUAUGGUCACACUAUGGUCAGCUUUGACAGACAUCUUUACGUUUUUGGGGGCGCGGCUGACUCCACGUUACCUAACGAUCUUCAUUGCUAUGAUCUUGACACGCAAACCUGGAAUAUUAUUUUGCCAUCCGCCGACAGUCAAGUUCCAUCCGGUCGCUUAUUCCACGCGGCAGCGGUAAUCGGGGAGGCGAUGUUCAUUUUUGGUGGAACAGUUGAUAAUAAUGUGCGAUCAGGCGAGACGUAUCGGUUUCAAUUUUCGUCUUAUCCAAAGUGCACGUUGCACGACGAUUUUGGAAGAUUGUUAAAUGGACGCCUUUUCUGUGACGUGGAGUUCGUAGUAGGAGAUUUGGAAUCGAGGAUACCUGCCCACAUAGCUUUGGUAGCAGCUCGUUCGAAGUUUCUCAGAGCUUGCAUCAUACGGGCGCGAGAGAAGCGAGAGAAACACUUGGAAGAUGUGCUUGGGACUACGGACGUACCGACAAAGGACCUAUUAGAGGUGAGACUGCGGGACGCAGUACCGGAGGCUUUCGAAAUGGUCUUGAACUAUAUUUAUACCGAUCGCAUCGAUCCAACGAAAGGAAGCGAAGAUGGAUCUAGCAAUCGCGUCGAAGAUCCUUUGAGCAAUCGAAUAGUGCUCCUCAUGAUGGACGUCUAUCGUUUAGCUGUGGAAUUCAAUAUGAUACGCUUGGAACAACUGUGUGUCCAUUACUUGAAAGCCACCAUAAGCCACGCGAAUGUCCUUAAAGCGUUACACAACGCUGCACAAUUGAAACUUGACUUUAUAAAGGAAUUUUGCUUGAGCUUCAUUGUGAAAGAAAGCAACUACAAUCAGAUUGUAAUGAGCCAAGAGUUUGAGACCUUGGACCAACCUUUAAUGGUAGAAAUUAUUAGAAGGCGGCAAAUGCCUCAGGCGAGAAACUUCUCCAAGCAGUAUGACCUUGGUACAGGAACGACGCUUGAACAAGAUAUGGAGGCAUUCUUAAAGAGUGUCGGCAAAGAAUUCUGUGAUAUAACAUUGAUGUUAGAUGGAGUGCCGAUUCCAGCUCACAAAGCGAUUCUUGCGGCACGAUGUAGUUACUUCGAGGGAAUGUUCCGCUCCUUUAUGCCAGAAAAUAAUACAGUUAACAUACAAAUAGGUGAGAGGAUACCGUCUUCUGAAUCAUUCGACUCUUUGUUGAGGUACAUCUAUCACGCCGACGUUUCCAUGCCACCGGAAGACUCCUUAUAUUUAUUCACGGCGCCAGUUUUUUACGGCUUCACGAACUAUCGGUUGCAGGCAUUUUGUAAACAGAAUCUCGAAAUGAAUGUUACCUUUGAGAACGUUAUACAAAUCUUGGAAGCUGCGGAUAGAAUGCAGGCUGCCGAUAUGAAGAAGUAUGCGUUGGAUCUCAUAGUGCACCAUUUUAUACAGGUUGCAAGACUUCCAAGACUUAAGCAAUUGAGUCGAGAACUUUUGUUGAAUAUUAUCGAGACCUUGGCCGACGAGCGUAGCGAAGCGCGCCUGCGUCAAGAUAUGGCGAAUGAUUGCUGACGGAUUUCUGCCUCGCAUCGUUGCCCUUUUAAUUGGGACUUACCCUCACCCUCCAGCUUCCAAGUAAGUGUGCAGUACAGUAUCUUAACAAUGUUGAAUAUUUUCUACCUGCUGCGGCAAGGGUACAUGGUAGAUGAAUGUUUGAAAAGUCUGAAUGAUCAGGCGCGUAUGUAAAUAAGUAAACACAGUUGAAAUAUUCAGCUUCGACUUUAAGGUGGUUUAGUAAAAAAAUGAUAACAGUUCAGAUCUUCAAAUGAGAUUAAUAAAAAAAUUUAUUAAAAAUAUUUAAAUAUUGCACAUUGAUUAUGAAUGCUAUGAAACAUUGUGUUAAGUAUCAUUGUACUAAAUUUUUAAUGUUAAAUGAGGUUUGGGUACAUUUUACAAUAAAACCAAAUUUCAAAUUUAUAUAUAAUCUUUAGCUUUAUAUAUAAAAAUAACAUUAAGUAGGAAAAAUAAUUAAUCACCUGCGAUCACUUACUCCUUGAAAUAUAUUAUUAUUUGCAUAAUUCGACAAUUUCGCUUUUUUAUUGUGCAGUUCACUUAAAAAUCAGAUCACAUUUUUUUCGUCACUAUUUUGGAACAUUUUCAGUAAUUCUUCGUACUCAAUUACUGCCGCAAGUUUUUUAAUCAUGUCUAGUCAACUAGUAUAACUUUCAUUGGAGUGAUUUUACCUAAUUCCCUUCCGUUUCCUGGUACAUGGUCCCCUAAGAUUCCCUUCAUUUCCUGGCAUAUUUCCCUUAAAUUUCCCUUCAUUUCUUGGCACAUUUCCAUUUAAUUGCCAUGUUUUCUGGAACAUUUCUUGGCAAAGAUUCCUCGUGCCACCCCUUCGCAUAUCAUGUUCUUCUGAUACAAAAGGUAAGUUUCGAGAUUCAGUUAAUAAUUAUUUCACCUCUUCGCAUAUCAUGUUCUCCUGAUACCAGGAGUAAAAUUCGAGCCAGAAUUUGAUACGCACCAUGAAUUUCUCGUGCCACCUCUUCGCAUAUCAUGUUCUCCUGAUACCAGGAGUA